AUGUAUCAGAGGAAAAGAGAGAGAUCUAGUGCCGGCGGUGUGUCUGGUUGCCGCGGGUUACGCGGGCUGCAGCGCCGUCCUGGCGGUCACCUUGCUGUGCGUGUCGGCCACCGUGGGCGGGAUCAGCGCCGCUGGCGUCUUCAUCAACCAGAUCGACAUCGCCCCCCGGUACGCAGGUGUGUUGCUAGGGAUCACCAACACCUUCGGAACCAUCCCGGGGGUCCUGGCUCCAUCGUCACCGGUUACCUCACCGAAGACCACACCCUGACAGGCUGGCGAAAUGUGUUCUGGGUUUCGGCGGGGGUCAACGCCUUAGGGGCCCUGAUCUUCACGUGCAUGGGGAGCGGGGUGAUCCAGACCUGGGCCCUGACGGAGGAGGAGAGGGCGGAGGAGGAGAGGGCCAAGAAGGAGAGGGGGGAGGAGGAGGUGAGGAGGAACGAAGGCGACCCGACGAUAGCCACAUGAAGGACAGCCGGAUGACCCGCUGGACUUCAUCACCACGGUGAUGGAGAAAGUGAUUAUGGACGGAUCAGUGAACCGCAAACCGCCCCCCUGUCGUGGUCUUUUUUUAAGCAUUUUAAUCUAAAAAGAAAAAGUGCACUUUAAUGUUGGUUAAGAAACAAAUAGUGUGGGAUGUGGGUGGUUCCACUCCACGUCAUUGAAGAGUAUGUGUUAAAUGUCUUUAUUCAUGCAAGCUUUUUCACAGGGAAAAGUGUGUUACAAGGCCCUCUUUUACAGAGCAAGUUGACCAACCUUACUCCCUCAGAAGGAGAGACGUGGGUAGGAUAGGAGUGCAAUAGGGGGGCUAAAGCUUUUUCUGCCAAAGCCCUGCCAAAAGGUUCCCCUGGGCAGAGGUACCUAAAGCUCUGAGCCAAACAACGGGGGACUCGAUUCCAGUUUUUAUAUAUUGCUUUUUUUUUUUCUUGCUUUUUUUUUUACAAAUGACCACAUAUGUCUCCUGUUACUAUGAAAACUUGGAACCCACCUGACUUCCUCUCACAAACCCUCAGCGUGUGUGGUUCCCAACAAGUGCUAUGUUUCAUUCUCACAUCUGUCGGUACUCGAGCAACGGGACCCGCCCGACCGUCAGGUUUAAUACUCAGGUUUGUAUUCUCUGAUCCUUAAACUCGGGAGAAUUUGGGCCGUGUGGUCGGUCUAUGGAGGAAAUGAUACUCUGGAAUGUGGGAUUUCCGUAGAAGUAUAAUUCUGUAAGUUCACGUGCCUUUCUAUUGCUGCAUGUAUGAGGUUUGUAACCUCUGCGUUUGUUUGUAGAUGACCAAAUAAUACACCUUGUACUUAAUAAAUCCCUCUUUUACUGUGACAUAAUUAACUUGCUCCUCUGCAGAAGUUUUCUAAAGGGACUCUGCCUCCACCCACUGUGAGGGCCUUAAUACACUCAUUACCUUAUUUGACUUUAUUCAAAAUACAAUGGAUUCCAUUUGGGUAGCUGUAAUAAUGGGUGACUUCGGUCUGGUUACAUUUUCUGAUGGGAAGAAGGAUGACUCUAUGAACUUUUGUUUCAUUACGUGGCUGACAAUGUUGAUUUCAAAAAGUCAUUUCAUGAUUGUGAAGAUAAAAUUAUGCUCUUCGAAGAAUAUAAUUAUUUUUCUACCUUUUUUAAAGUUUUAAAAUGUUUGUUUUAUAUUUUAUUAUUUUAUUUCUUCGGCUUCAAGUAAAAACUUCUAAACUUCUAAA